CUCGCAGGGGGUCUGGAUUCCCACCUUCGGCUCAUUCGACACCAUCUCUAAAGACAUCAGGACUGCGGACGGGACCGUGACUCUGCGGUGGCCCGUGUUUCAGCUGGCCAGGAACCUCAGAGCCAUGCACCACCUCGGGUCCGACAAGGACUCCCUGCCAGCCCAUAGGGAGGUGGAGACCCUGAAAUACAGCGAGGUGGCUGCCGCUGCCAAUGUGACCUGGCAGAGAGGGAAGACCUGCAUCCAAAGCACCGUGUCCCUCCUCUCCAACUGCCUCAAGAAUGGGGAGAACGUUGCCUUUGUCCUGAAAGACAUAGGAGUGCUCCUCUUUGAAGGCAUGAGCUUUGGAAUUAAAUACUAUUAUGACUUCCUUGAGAAGCUCUCCGGGAAGGAGAAAUUCAGAAAAGUUGUUUUCAAGGUGAGCUGGAGGUUUCUCCAUGGCCCGGGCAGUCCCGUGACCCUUGCUCUGACUGCACAUGGCCCACCAGGACCUGGCCAGCUGCUUGGGCUGUGCAGGUGCUGCGGUGGUGUCAGCUCUCCCUGCCUUGGGCUCCUCCAGUCCUGAGGGCCUCAGCCAUCAGAAGGAUGUCCCACAACCUCCCUGUUCCUCCCCUGCAGGCCCCCUGGCUGCUGGACACGCUGGUGUCCCGGGUGGCACCGGUGGCCUCCCUGACGCACUCUGGCCACCUCGUCGUCUUCCCCAUGUUUCAGAAGCAGGUUGCACCCAAACCACCGCCCAGGAUAUUCCGCAAGGCCUCCGGAGAUCUCCAUGGUGAGGGGAAGCAAAAGAAAGAAGGGGCUUUGCCACCUCUUGUCCAGGGCAAGAAAGUGAGGUUUGCUGAAGUGCCAACGUACAUCAGACGCUUCAGCGUUGCAAGUACUGCUGGACAAAGCUCAAGAAGCAGAAGAAGCUUACAGCAGGAGAGCUUUUCGUCCAGUCCGCUGCCAGCGAUCCUGAGAACGUCUGAAGCCCGCGAGCAGCCGGUGACCUGGCAGCCGCAGGGCCAGGCAGGAAACGAAGGCCAAGAACACCUGGGCCAAACAACAGGAAAAAAACAUGUCCGGUUCCGCGGAGAUGAACAAGGAGCGGGAGAGGACCGUGAGGCUGGAGCGGCGGCCAUGUGGAAAGCAAAGGCCUCGCACCCUCAGGUUGCCGGGAGGCAGGUGGCAUCUCGCAUCAAAGACAGGAGAUGUUCAUUAAGAGCUGAGUCCAGCCUGUCCAGGGAUACCAAAGGCCAUGCAUUCCGGCCGCCGUUACUGCAUCGUGACUCUGUGAAACUACUCAGGCAGAGGCAGAUGGCCAAGAAGGACAGGCCGGCGCAGGCAGAACCUCAGGAGACGGCGGCAUCACCGUCUCACCAUGAGUGCAGCCUGCCUGAGGAGCCCUCCACCUGCAGAUCUGGUUUGCUGCCACCCAUACGCAACAGACCAGAGUCUCCCAGGAGUCCGCCUCCAAGGACCACAGCCCCGCGCCGCAGGCCGCCAACACCCUACCCGUUUCUGCCACGUGACUCUGUCAAACUACUCAGGCAGAGGCAGAUGGCCACGAAGGACAGGCCGGCACAGGCAGAACCUCAGGAGACGGCGGCAUCACCGUCUCACCGUGAGUGCAGCCUGCCUGAGGAGCCCUCCACCAGCCGAUCUGGUUUGCUGCCACCCAUACGCAACAGACCAGAGUCUCCCAGGAGUCCGCCUCCAAGGACCAAAGCCCGCGCGCCGCAGGCCGCCAACACCCUACCCACGCUGAGCAGGGCAUGGGGUGCCCGGGACAGACAGAGCUGCCCCUGA